CAAAAAUAUUCCAUCAACGUUCAUCGAGGUGCAGUGUUCUGUCCUAUCCGGGCUCUCAUCCGCCUUCUCUGUGGGCUGACAUGCCCCGGAGUGAAACUUGGUGCGCCGAAUCGAGUCGCCUCACAUAACCCGGGAGCGACGAGAGGCGAUUGAGCUCGGUUUGGACACACUCAAACGCGCGCACCUCGGCCGUCUUCGUCUACCAUGAUUUCCUGGAGUAUUGCCUCGUGUACAUGACCAAAACAAUUACCGGGACAGGACACCGAACAGCACGACAUGGCCAUCGUCACCUUCACCCUGAGUGAGGACGGCGUGAUCGCGCUGCAGAAUGCCUUGGCCUGCAUACUGAAGUUUUGCGAUGACGUCUGUCUCGACGCCAGCAAGGACAAGUUUGUCCUGACGGGCCUGAACUUGACCAAAUCGGCCCAUAUAUCUUUCUCCUUUGCGCUAGCCCGAUUCUUCUCCCGUUACUCGUUCCAAGGGAGCGAACAAUACAGAGAGCGCUUCCACUGCAGUAUCUACAUCAAGGCUCUGCUGGCUGUCUUUCGGGCCCGAGUAGGCGGGGAGCCCGGCCGUGACAGAGAGAGGGAGGCGGCCAUCGAGCGGUGCGAUGUCGCCAUUGACGACGGGCCGGGGAAGAAGAGCCGGUUCAUCGCCCAGAUAGUGUGCAGAAAUGGCAUCACGGCCACGCACAGCCUCCCGUUUGAGGUCAAAGCCCCGACCCGGGUCAGGUUCGACCCCGAUGAGGUUGUGAACCACUGGACUAUCGAGUCCCGCACCCUGCGCCAGCUCAUGGAGCAUUUUGGUCCAGGCAUUGAUCUGCUCGACAUUAACACCGAGGGCGAGAAUGUCGUGAACUUUGCGUGCUACACCGAGAAGGACUUUAAGCUGUCUAGCGAUGCUACAAUCCUCAAAAAGCCGCUGCACACAUCCAUAGCUGUUGAGAUGGACGAGUUUGAUGAUAUAGCCAUCGAGGCGAAGCUUCACACCAUCAUUCCGGUCAAGGACUUCAGGGCCAUUCUCCAACACGCCACCAUCACUAGCGCCACCCUCUCUGCCCGGUACUCUAACCCGGCGCGCCCGAUGAAGCUACACUACAGCGCCGACGGCAUCCUAUGCGAGUUCAUCCUCAUGACGGUCGGCGAGAGGGGACAGGGUGUACAAAAGUCGCGGAGAGGGCAAAGCGCAGCGAAGGCGGCAAAGCCCGCCCUCGAUGCUGGCUCAAGCCGCGCCGGUUCAGUUGCCCGGGCGCGGUCACAGCGGACGCAAGAGUCGGCCGCUCCGGCGGCUGUGCCUCUGGUGGCGAAGGCCUCGCAGCCCCCUCGGCCCUCGGCCUUCGACAUGCGGCCGCCUCCGCUCCCGCCGCCGUCAACGAUGCGGUCCGAGGCCAUGUUUGUUGCCCAGGAUGACGACCAGCAAUGGGAGCCCGUGAACGAGGACGCAGGCGAAGACGACGACGACAACGGUCCCCUUGGCUGGGACGCUACUAACGAUCCCGGCCCGCCGACCAUGCGGAUUAGCGAGCAUCUCGGCCGUACUGCCUCUUUCGAGGCGCGGAGCGAAGCACCGCAGAACGAUGGGCUUCCCUCGGAAGUUGAGCCUACGCAGCGACUUUCGGAUGUCCGUCGGUUCGGGCUCUUUUCCUGAAGCCGGUGUCAAUACGUGCGGAAACUGUGUACACAUCUCCCAUGGUGAAAAAUAACCUGUCUCCUCGCUUUUGGUGCUUGAUCUACCUUGUAUCUGGCCAUAUUUCCGAGGAACUGCCGCGCCUGCCACUGUACACUCCUCUAUGACGGAGAUGGAAUCAUAAUCGCGAUAGGUAGUUUCUUCAGCUUGAUGUCAUCUCGCUCUGAGAAGCUUGCUAUCUAUGGAAUAGACUGUCCUAUCAUUACCCAGCUUGUGGCACAGCCUGCGGCGAUUGCUGUGAUGCAGGAUCCCGG